AAAUAGUUUUUGAUAUAUUUAAGAAAACAAAAAUAUUUUAAAGUAGUGCAGUGUUUUGUGAUAGUGUAAGUGACUUUCCCCGUUACAUAGCCGGUGCAGGAUGACUAACGCACGUAAUAUAAAAGUCUGGAUAUGCAUAGCAUGCAUGGCAUCAUCAUUGGCGGCACCUGCGCCAAGCCAGCCCAUAACAUUUGACAUCAUCGACAUGGCUGCAAUAAGUCGGAUGACACCACAACAACUGGAGGCUCUUGCUGAAGGUUUAGCUGCCGAAGAGAUCAUGAGGACUAAACGAUCGUCAGCACAAGCGCUGACCUCGGUUGUGUCAAAAGCAUCAUCAGGUAUACAAAGCAAGCUCGGUCUCCUCGGCCAAGCGUCGGCCGGCGCAUCCUCGCUGAUUGCUUCAGCUUCAAGCAAAACAGGUCAUUCUGAGCACACAGGAUACUCUUAUGAACCGCACGAAGAGAAAUACGACUACUGGGGGCUUAAGAAAUCCAUUCUCUACACGCUCUUCCAAGCUGUGAAAGCUAUUACAGGAGGAGUGACCAUCCUGAAGGGUCAGCUGAUUAAAGGAGGGGGGGCCUUAGCUGCUACUCUUGGUAAAGUCAUCUCUGUGAAGGGUGAUGCAGUAAGCAAUUUCGGAAGGAAGAUUGUUACCUCCGCUGCCUUGAGCGAGAAGAAACCUCAUUCAACAGCAGUCUAUGGCCCACCACCGACAUCACAUUUGGAGUACGCUCCAACCGUCUACGGAGCCCCGACAGCACCCGCUCAGUACACUCAUUCAGAACCCACAGGCUACGCGGCACACAAGUAUCCCUCAAAUCUUGACGAAAUUCAAGUAUACAACGGAGUACUAGGACCAGAAAAUUUGCAGAACUAUCAAUAUUAAUGAAGAUUUAUGGACCCACCUGUUGGCAAAACGAAGCAUUGCCAAGAUUAUUUUAUUAGGAGCCAUUUUUCACAUACCUUGUGACAAAGUUGAAGUUAUCUAAUAUAAUGCCUUAAAAAAUAAUGUACAAAAAUGUAGGUACAUCCAUCUAUUUAUCGGUUUAUAAUUUAAAUCUUGUAUAACUGUAAUAUUUAAUUUAGUUUCUUGGUAAUGUUACUUGUUGCUGUCAUUAAAUAGUACUCGUUAAGAAUACAAACGGAAUUUACAUUGCAAAAUACGUGAAAGUUGUUUCUAUACUAUGUAUUUUUAUCUUUAGCUCUUACAGUCAUUCUUAAGAAUGUUAAGGACAGACUUCGCAUAAUACUACAAAAACCAUACGAUUUAUUAUAAACUUGAUAGGGAAAUUUAAAAUUUGCUAAAAUUUAUGGUUUCAAUUUGUGGGUUAGAUAAAAUUGUAGCAAAAUCUGUAUCGCAGUAUUAUUUAUUAAAGUGAUGCAAAU